CCAUUGCUGAGGCCAGUGAGAGGCCUGGUCCAGGAGGAGCGUCACUAGACUCUGUUAUUUCUGCUCACAGAAGUUCCCGGACCUGCUGGGUAGCUCCAGCUAUUUCUGUUUCUGGGCAGAUUGUUGUCUGUGCCUAAGAGGUUGACAGACAUAAGAUAGAGGGAUAGACUGCUAGUGUGCUUCCAAUUAAACCUGUUGGACUAUAACCUGGAGUUGUGUGAUUUUUAACUUUGUACACCCCAGUCCAACACCGGUAUCUCCACAUCGUGAUAGACUGAGACAUCUCAGCAAUGCGGUACUGUCUUAGUGACUGACUCCAGCCCCCCACAUCAGGCAAAAUGUGAAAGCUGCGCCGGGGCUUCUGCCUCACUGCUGACUGAGCCCGAGUUUGCCCUCUUGGUAACUCAUGACGGACGACUACAUGUCAUUUUCAUUGGAUAUCCUUUUACGAACAAACCCUCCUGCUCUCCCCUGGUGCUGGAGUUUCUCGUUCAGGAAAUGAGGUAUUUUCAAAUUCAGCGUAAAAUAGAGUGCUGAUAACCUUGUUUCCGCUAUUCCCCUCUGUCCUCCCCGGACUGUUUCACUCCCAAUCCCUGUGGAUUCCCAGAAUGUUGCUGAUCCUUCUCUCCAUCUCCCUGUGUUUUUCCAGGGUCUCUCCCGAGAGCAAUACCAUUACUACCGCAUUUAUGGCAACCUCUGGCGUUGCUGAACUACCUGAGUAUUUUGGUGUCUCAAUGAUCAAUGGAGUUCCAGUGACCUAUUAUGACAGUGACAUCAGGCGGACAGUCCCCCGGCAGCAGUGGAUGAUGGAUUCUUUUGAUGAGGAAUACUGGGAAUACCUCACAAAUCAAGGGAAUACACUUUCGACCAUGGCUAAGAAAAAUCUGAACACAAUAAUGAAGGGGACAAACCAAACAUCAGGAAUGCACAUUUUGCAAUGGAUAAGGAAUGUUGAGGUGUCUGAAGAUGGCUCCAUUAAGAGAACAAUGAGUGUUGCCUUUGAUGGAAAGGACUACAUUAGUUUGGAGUCAGACAGAAUGCGAUGGGUCGCAUCACAUCACAGCGCAGUGAAGACUAAACAGAAAUGGGAUUCUGAUGAAUCCUGGAACAAGUUUUGGAAAUGGCUGAUGGAAGUUGAACUUGUUGAGCGUUUAAAAUCACGCUUAAGCAUUGGAAAGGAAUAUCUUAAAAGGAAAGUUCAGCCUGAAGUGUACAUCUCCAGAAGGGAGCCCAAUCGUCAGGACAAGCAGCUCACUCUCUCCUGCCUGGUCACUGGGUUUUAUCCUGUAGACAUCGAGGUGACCUGGCUAAGGAAUGGAGAGGUCAUGUCUGAGACCCAAUCUUCAGGGGUUCGACCGAACCACGAUGGGACCCAUCAGAUCCAGAAAGAGAUUGAGAUCAAUGCUGGGGAUGAGGAUCAAUACUCCUGUCAAAUUGAACACAGCAGCCUGGCAGAGGCCCAGCUCUAUCAGUGGGAAAUUCCAAAAAAUAGUGUGGGAUACCUUCAUCUCGGAAUCUUAACCGGGUCAACAAUCAGUGCAUUAUCUGUUCUUGUCGGGAUAAUUGGAAUACUUAUCUGGAAACAGCCAUGGAGAGCUCAGCCCUUUCUGGAGACCGGGCCCACCCUCCAUCAGCAGGAAGUCAUGGAUAAGAAUGUGGAACUGAAGCUGAUGAGCAAAUCUGAGCCCCAGCUCAAAACACAGCCCUUACAGAGAGAGUCCAAAUAUCCACGUGGCCUGGAAGAAGGGAAUAAAGCCACAAAUGAAGAAGAGAAUCCCUCAGAAACAGACAAAUUAAAUCCUGCAAGCAAUGUUUCUGAUGGAAACACAGUGAAAUAUCAUCUAGGUAGCAAUGUAACUGAAUUCUUACCCACCAGUGAGGAACAAGAGGCAAUGCAGAGUUUAUUGAGGCCGUUCCAUAGGCACGAGUUGUCCCCCCCCCCCCCCCCCCCCAGAGCCUCCCAUUCCCAGUCCCUGAUGGGAUGCUGCACUCCCAGAAUGUUGCUGAUCCUUUUUCCCAUCUUCUGGUGUUUCUCCCGGGUCUCUGCGGACAGCAAAAUUUACACUGCAGCCUUUAUGGCUGUCUCUGGCACAACUGACCUGCCUGAAUACUUUGGUGCAACAAUGAUCAAUGGAGUUCCUGUGACCUAUUAUGACAGUGACACCCGUCAGACAGUCUCCUUGCAGCAGUGGAUGACAGAUGCGUACGAUGCUAAUUACUGGAAAAUUCUCACAAAGCAAGGGAACGAACAUUCUGCCAAGGCAAGGGAGAACCUGAGGACGGUCAUGAAAAGUGCAAACCAAACGUCUGGAGUGCAUAUUUUGCAAUUCAUAAGGACUGUUGUGAUCACUGCUGAUGGCUCUAUUAAGAGAUCGAUGAAUGUUGGGUUUGAUGGAAAGGACUUUAUCAGUUUAGAGCCGGACAGAAUGAGAUGGGUCGCAGCAAAUCACUUUGCAGUGAAGAUCAAGGAGAACUGGGAUUCGGAUAAAGCGUGGAACAGGCAUUGGAAAUGGCAUUUGGAAGAGGAACUUGUUGAGCGUUUAAAAUCACGUUUACACUUCGGAAAACAAUACUUUGAAAGGAAAGUUCAGCCUGAAGUGUUCAUCUCCAGGAGGGAGCCCAAUGGUCAGGACAAGCCGCUCACUCUCUCCUGCCUGGUCACUGGGUUUUAUCCUGCAGACAUCGAGGUGACCUGGCUAAGGAAUGGAGAGGUCAUGUCUGAGACCCAAUCCUCGGGGGUUCGACCGAACCACGAUGGGACCCAUCAGAUCCAGAAAGAGAUUGAGAUCAAUGCUGGGGAUGAGGAUCAAUACUCCUGUCAAAUUGAACACAGCAGCCUGGCAGAGGGCAAGCUCUAUCAGUGGGAAGAAAACGGAGAGUGGUCCCACCUUUCCAUAAUACUUAUUAUUACUGGAUCAGUCGCUGGACUGGCGGUUAUAUUCGGGAUAAUCAGCUGGAGACGGUCAUACAGAGCUCAGGUCUUUCUGGAGACCGGGCCCACCCUCCAUCAGCAGGAAGUCAUGGAUAAGAAUGUGGAACUGAAGCUGAUGAGCAAAUCUGAGGCCCAGCUCAAAACACAGCCCUUACAGAGAGAGUCCAAAUAUCCACAUGGCCUGGAGGAAGGGAAUGAAGCCGUAAAUAAAGAAGAGAGUCCCUCAGAAACAGACAAAUUAAAUCCUGCUAGCAAUGUUUCUGAUGGAAACACAGUGAAAUAUCAUCUAGGUAGCCAUGUAACUGAAUUCUUAACCACCAGUGAGGAACAAGAGGCAAUGCAGAGUUUAUUCAGAAAGAACCUGUUCUGAAUGACCAAGUCAAGCCUAGACUGUGUCUCCCAGAGUUUGAAGGACUAACAUUAAUUGCAAGGAACAUAGAAAUUGAAAUGAAUGUGGAUGGCAAGUUGUGCUCACAAGGGAAAGGAAGGUCUGGUCAGCUUCACAAUUGUAUUUCAUAGAAUCUCUAUAAUGCAGAGGCAGGCCAUUUGACCCAUCAAGUUCACACUGACCCUCUGAACAGCAUCCUACCAGAGCCAUCCCCCCCAGCCCAUCCCUGUAACCCUGCAUUUUCCAUUGUUAAUCCACUUUGCCUGCACAUCCGUGGACAUUAUGGGAAAUUUAUCAUGGUCAAUCUGCCUGACCUGCAAAGCGUUAGACUGUGGGAGGAAACCGGAGCACCUGGAGGAAACCCACACAGACACGGGGAGAAAACUCCACACUAACAGCAACCCGAGGCUGGAAUCGAACCUGGAUCCACGGCACUGUGAGGCAGCCUGAGUCACCGUGCCACCCUACGUCAAGACAAGUUAUUCACCAGUAUUGAAUAGGAAAGCAUAUUCAAGGUUUUCAAACAGUGAGAGGAAAGGUCACCACAAAAAGAGCUGGACUGGAAAUUAUACAACAUGGAGGUACGGCGUCGAAGUUGGGGAAAUGACUGUGAUCCUGCAUGUCAAGGAUAGUGGUAGUUUUAAUGAGUUAUUACUGAUGUGCAGCACAAGUGAUGAAUAUGUUCUCUGCUGUGCUGCCAUGCACUGGAUAGUUUGCAGUGAGUUAUCCGCUGGGAAGGGCAGAUCUCAAGGAAUUAACUCUUUCAGAUAAUGGGAAUGCUCUGGCUGGGAUUAUUAGGGUAUUUAUGGAGAAACUGAGUGACAGAUUCUACUGAGAAGUUGGGAACUGUUACUUUUCAGUCUGAAAAGAUUAAUAAACAGUGCUUUAAACAACAGAUUGAAAGCUCUAUCACUACAAAUCAUUUGACUGAAAGAGUGAAGGACUGGGGAAAGGAUAUUGUUGAGAAUAUCUGUACCAAGCAUCCAUCCAAUAAAUUGCAUAUAAUUUUUUUGUGCUGUGCUGUCUGUAAUGAUUGUAAUGAGGUCAGCCAGCUGGACCUCAUAGAAUCUGAGUUCCCUGAUUGGACCAGAUUAACAGCCCCAAUCAGGGAGCCCUGGCUGACAGAUAUAAAUGGAAUAUCUGCCCCAGAGAUGGUCAAAAGAUGCUGAGGGUGGUUAGUGAAGCUGGAAGGUGGGUAGGAGCGGGCUGCUUCAGCGUGGUCGGAAGGUGGGAGGGACGGGGGCUUGCUGAGUCUGUAUUGUCUGCACUUCUGUAUGUAACAGUAUUGUCUAAUGUACAAAUGCCAUUGUCACUGUCUUCAUGGAGAAAGUGAGGUCUGCAGAUGUUGGAGAUCGGAGCUGAAAAUGCGUUGCUGGAAAAGCGCAGCAGGUCAGGCAGCAUCCAAGGAACAGGAGGCUGAAGAUCAGAGCUGAAAAUGGUUCCUGAAGAAGGGCUUAUGCCCGAAAUGUCGAAUCUCCUGUUCCUUGGAUGAUGCCUGACCUUCUGCGCUUUUCCAGCAACACAUUUUUAGCAUUGUCACUGUCUUGUCAUAUGUGGAACUGGGAUUUGAGGUGUGUCCUUAACUCCCUGGAAUAUGGUUGAACAGUAGGGUUUGGGGCCUAGCUUUGCUGCUCCUCUUCCUUGUAAAAAUGCUGUCUCUUGUACAGCUGUAAAUGUUUUCUUGUAAACUGUUUUGUAAUUUGUUUAAUAAAAUAAAUAA